GUGUGAGCGGCCGCACAGGGUGGUGUGCGCCGGCGCAGCGGGCCGCGCAUGCGCAGGGCGGGGGCGGCGCGGGGCCAGAGUCGCCUGAGGUUUCAUUCCAGAGAAACUGUGUCUUCAUUUCCGUAUGAAUGUUCCAAGUUUAUUUCAUUUUACAUUCUUACUGAGAGAAAUACGAACACCGUCAUGGAGACCAUGGAUUUUGAGGAAGCAGCAAUUUUCUCUGCCCAGAGUGCCCUUACUUCAGGCAGCAGGAAAAAACUCCUCUUUCAAUCUCCUUGAGCUAACGGAGGCAGAAUUAGAAGAACAGUUUGUAAGAGGUGAUGGCCCAGGAGGUCAAGCCACAAAUAAGACAAACAACUGUGUUGUAUUGAAGCAUAUUCCAUCUGGGAUUGUAGUGAAGUGUCACCAAACAAGAUCAGCAGAGAAGAACCGAAAGAUAGCCAGAGAAAUCCUGCAGGAAAAAGUUGACCUUUUCUACAAAGGUGAAGAUAGUGAUGUUUUUAAAGAGAAGAAAGCAUCAGAGAAGAAGAAGCAGGAGAAAAAAAGAAGAGCAAAGGAAAACCUAGAAAGGAAAAAGCAUUUGAAAGAGAUGCAACAAUUGGAUAAGAAAUAAUAAACACAUAAAAUACUGACUUGCCAUAGUAGGCACCCUCACUGGCUGCCACCGAGUUCUCACCUUCAACAAUACUUUGAAAGCAGUAGAGACUACUACCAACUAUACCGCCUUCUCACAGAGUUCGACUGCAUCUGGACUGUACCAUGGAUGGAAACUCUCCAGCAAUCUGCAGGCCCUUUCCCUUGUCUGUUCCUGAACUUGAGCCUCCUGCAUGAAGGUUAAAUCUUUAUCUGUUGAGAGUUCCUGUUCAUGGAGAAUGAUUAAAGUGACUGUACAUAGCUUUAAUACAAAUUGUUAAUGAAAAUAAGCUUUAUUACGUCAAGUAAUAAAUACAUACAAAGAUGCAAAUAA